GUAUGCAUUCAGUGAUGCACCGCUCGCCCGCUAGUAUUGCUUAGUUUAAUUGUGCAAUCGCCUCCCCACGGACACAGCUUAAUUAUAGUUUGUAGCUUUCGACGCCGGAACGGGGCGCGAGUUUUGUUGUCCGGGUUCCAAGUUUCUAUUCCCAAUCCUUGUCCGUUUGUUAAGUUUAAAUGUUCCUGUAAUAGCCAAAAAACGAUCUUUAAGUUGUAAAUAGUCCUUUUAAGCGCGUACUAUAGUACUUUAUACCGGUGUAUAAAAUUUAACUGUGAUAAACAAUGGCGGAACAAGAUGACGAUAAAUUCCAGGAGAAAAUAGAGGAGAUCGAGGAGAUCCUGAAAGACAUUGGCAUGUGCACUGAACUAAACAGCAUCCAAUGCUCGGCUGGCAGCAGUAAGGGUGACAAUUACAUGUCCGUCAUAAAGAGAGUUGUCGUCGAAGGAGUGAAGGAGAACGAUGAAGUUUUCGAAAAAUCUCUCAUUGUCAAGAGGCAAGUUCCCAACCUUUCGAGACGAGAGCUCUAUAGAUGUGAUGUCGCUUUCUGCCAUGAAAUAAAGGCAUACCAAUACGUGGUGCCUAUCCUUAACCAGCACAUGGAACACACAAUCUUCCCAGAAUGUUACUACUGUGGUCGGGACUCAGAAGAUGAGUUUAUUAUUUUAGAGGACCUUUUGGAUGCCGGUUAUGUUUUGAGAUGUCGGAUGAGCCCACUCAAUGUGAAAGAUAUCGCAGCUGUUAUGAAGGAAAUAGCACGGAUGCAUGCAACAUCUAUAUAUGUAAAGCUAACCGACCCCAGAGGAUUCGAUGAAAUGCGCGAGGGCCUCGAAGAGAUUGUUUACUGUCCCGAAGGACGCGACUUUUUUAAAGGCAUUUUAGCCUCAGCCAUCCGCCAGGCGUUAGUUAGUCUACGACAAUCAAACACAGACGGCACUCUUACAGAAGCAAUUAGUGCAAUACAGGAAAUGGCGCCGGACCUUUUCGAUAAGAUUCAAGGAUACGUACUUACCAAAGAUGAUUUCCUUAACGUGGUUAGUCACGGUGAAGUCAGAACUAAUAACCUCAUGUUUAGGGAUAUAUCGGAAGAAGAAACGCAAGUGAAAAUUCUAGAUUUGCAGACCAUGCGCUACGCCUCACCUGUUUUCGAUAUAAUGCACUUCGUUUAUACAAGCACAGAUAGAGAAAAUCCUGAAAAUUCGAUCGAGUCAAUAAUUGCUGCAUAUUGUAAAUUCCUACAUGAUCACACAGAUAAAAUAUUCGGCGCAGAACAUGCGGACAUGGCUAAACUAAUCAAAACGAAGUUCAGUUACGAAACUCUUUUGGACCAAUACAAAUCCUUUGCGCUCUAUGGGCUUGCCAUUGCCAUGUGGCUGCUACCAGCCAUCACUUUUGAUAUUGACAACAUUCCAGAUUUAGAUAGAAUCGCUGAAAAUCAGACAAAUCCAGAUGAGAUCAAAAUCGAUUCAAGCCUCACUCCCCUUUAUCAUGAGCGGCUGAAGCAAAUUGUCAAGGAAUUCUUGGCAGCCGGUUAUUUCGCACUUCCUAGCUCGACUUCUUGAUCUUCUGGGUUUCAGAAGAAGAAGAUUUUAUUCAAAUUCGUUCCAAAGCUUAAUUUUAAUUUAAGUUAAAUUAAAAAGCAAAAUGCGUAUUUUACCUGAUUAAUUUAUUGUGCCUUAUUAGAUCUAUUGCGCAUUUGCAAUGUAAUAAAAUAUGUAAUAGUU